UAUAAUUUUUAUUUAUUGGAUAGGGGGCCUUAUCAAAAUCGAGGAAAAUGGCUGCCGCCUUGGAGCAAUACGUAAACACGGUACAAAAUUUGUCUUCACAAGGAAAUUUUUCACAGCUAUGUGAAUUCAUCGGAAAAAGUGCAGAGGCUUUGGCAAAGAAUGCUAAUCAUUUGGACAAUGUACUGGCAACGCUGGAUAUCCAACAGCACUCUCUAGGAAUUAUGGGCAUCUUGUGUGUAAAAUACAACUUGCCGAGCAUCCCAGACUUUGAGACGCUAUUUCUUCAGACACAAGAAUUCAUUAAUGACUGCAAUGGAGAGCAUGUUAGAUAUGCCACAGACAGCUAUGCUGAUUUAUGUCACAAGUUUACUCAAAAUUUGGUGGAGAAGAAACAGCCCAUGAGAGGAAUUGUGAUUCUAGUGAAAGCCAUUAACAAGAUUCAACUAUUUCCUGCACAACUUACGUCUAUACAUGCUGAUCUGUGUCAAUUGUGCUUAUUAUCAAAGAACAUGAAGCCAGCUCUAGCUUUUCUAGAUACAGAUGUCACUGAUGUCAGCAAAGAGGGAGGUCAUUAUGAGGCCAAAGAUUUUCUCUUGUACUAUUACUAUGGAGGAAUGAUCUACACAGCUCUUAAAAACUACGAAAAGGCGCUGUACAUGUACGAAAUAGCAAUAACUACCCCCAGUAUGGCUGUCAGUCAUAUCAUGCUGGAGUCCUACAAGAAGUACAUCCUUGUUGCACUUAUUCUACAUGGAAAGGUUCCAAAUCUUCCAAAAUAUAUAUCCCAAGUAGUUACACGAUAUAUAAAGCCUCUAUGUCAGGCGUACCACGAUUUAGCGUUGUCGUACAGCUCAAACACUCCCUUGGAUUUACGAGCGACUGUCAACAAAUACCAGGAAAUUUUCACAAGGGAUAACAAUAUGGGUUUGGUAAAACAGUGUAUUACCUCGCUAUACAAGAAAAACAUUCAAAGAUUAACAAAGACAUUUUUAACUCUGUCCUUGACCGAUAUGGCUAACCGGGUACAGUUGGCCACUCCUAAAGAAGCAGAAAAAUAUGUUCUACACAUGAUUGAAGACGGAGAAAUAUUUGCCACAAUUAAUCAGAAAGAUGGUAUGGUUAGUUUCCAUGACAACCCAGAACAGUAUAAAAGCGCAGCCAUGUUAAUUCAGUUAGAUCAAGAGAUGCAGAAAGCUAUACAUGUGGAAGAAAAGAUCCGAGAAAUGGACAGAGAGAUUGCUGUAAAUCCACAGUUUGUUCAGAAGAAUUCUGGAUCACAUGAAGAUGACCUUCCAGGAAGUUCAAUAAAAGGUCAAGGUUACUGAUGGACAGAAACACUACAUUUACAGUGCUAUUUUAUACAGUACUUUGCAUAAAUUGUUGUAAACUAUUGUGAUCUAAUUAAAUUGUAUUGUUAUAUAAA